CCCUAAAAAUUUGCUGAGUCAUUAUUUACCCAAGAUCCUUUUGGGGCAUUGACCUGCAAAUUAGAAUUUAAUUAAUUAAUUUCGUCCAGCAAUUUCAUCAUUGCAGAAUUUCAAAAUAUUCUACGAAACAUCGUAUUUAAAACCUAGAUUUCGUUGGUUUAAAAGACUAAACUGAAACUAAGCAGUCUUAAUUUAAACCUUUGUGGUUUUCUGAGUAGUUUUCCGUUUCGGAAAUGCUUGAAAAUGGCUAAAUAUUGUUGGACUUUGUUGUGGCAAAUUUUAUAUUUCUGCACGGUGAGUAAAAUAUUUUGAAUUUUGAUAGCUGUUUUACAACCUGUUGUUUAUUUGCAUAUUAAUAUUGCUUUUUAUAAGUGCGUGGUAUAUUGGAAUAGAGUAUUUGUUUCCUUUAUAUUGAGGCAAUUCCGGAUUAUAUUAAUAGUUUAUAUUGUGUAGUGUAUUUAUAUAGCUUUUGCUAAAUAUGUGCUAUUUUAGAUUUUGCCAUUUUGAAAUUGUUAGGUAAUUUUCUCUUGGACUUGGUCACGUGAAAUUGAUUUGAACAACCCAACAUGUGCCAAUAAUGAGUUCGGAUAUAAGUCUCCAGAUGGACAGCUGACGUGCAAACCUUGUCGCAAUCUACCCAAAUGUCCUGAUGGUCUUGGCAUCUCGGUAGCCUGUGGUCAUAUAGCACGUACGCAUGUACACUGUGUUAAUUGUGUGCUUGGUAAAAAUUUCUCGGCAGAUUAUGACAGCUUACCUUGCGAAACCUGUCAGAGCGCUUUUUGUCAUGAAAAUGAGAAGAUUAUUGGAUCAUGUACUGUUGAUAAAGAUACGUCAAAAUGUAGCGGAACUUGUAAGAAAGGAUUUUAUUCAAGUGAUGGUGAUUUGAAAAAUUGCCAGCCCUGUUCAUCGUGUUUGAACAAUGCCAGUGCUCGUGUCAAGAAGUGUAACGAUGAUGGUUUGCCGAUUGCAAAACAAUGUGAAGUGGGGUCUGUUGUGCCCACAGCAUUUCCAUCUAAGGUAUGAUUUAGGAUCAGAUGUAAGAUUAGGGUUUGGGGUAGGACUUGAUUUUUUUAGAUUUUUAAUAUUUCACAAAUAUAACCAGAGGAUUUAGGUUACAAAUAAUGUACAUGAAAAAAUACUCCAUUAUGAUUGGUUAAGAGCGGUACCAUUUUAUUGAAAUACAGAACCAAAAUUAAGAAAUACUUUGUGACAAGCAUUUUAGAUAGUAUUUGGAAAGAAAUGUUCACACCCUUGACCCUUUCAGCAGCAGCACUCCCCCCUUGAUGAGCAUUUGACAGACAGGGCCGUAGCAGCCCCCCCCCCUCCCAAUUGAUAAUUUGCUAAUAAUCAUUCUUUUUUCAACAUCAUGCAGACCUUAAUUAUCAUUUAAAUAAUAUACCUUUAAAAUACUGACAAUUGAUUAAUUUAAAGCGGCUACAUUAUCCAUGACAAACUGCAAAGAAUGAAGAUAUUACCCAUACUUUUCUGCAACUUAUCCAAUAUAUAGUUAAUUAAAUAUGCCUUUGUCCAUUUAGUACUACUAAAUUGUAAACAAACUGUAAAUUUUGACAUACUAAAAUGCUGUUUCCUGACCAUCGGAAUUCUGUCAAUUUUUCCCCAAAGUCCAGGAAAUGGCAUUUCAGGGACUCUAAAUUUUAAAAUUUCCUCGGGCCUUUGGCCCUCAUUUUCAGCCCCCCCCCCCCUUCCAAUCAAAAAGAGCUUCCUACGGCACUGACAGAGUAAAAUAAUAAAAGUACAAUUUAUGCAACUUAAUGGGUAUUGAACUUUAAGAAUUGGUAUUAUUCAGAAACAACUGCCUUCAAAGAAAAAUGGUGAGAAACACAGUGUCAUUGAAGGAUAUAAGUUUUACGGCCAUCCUGCAAUGUUCAGUUUCUUUCUGGUUGUUAUUUUUGUUUUGGCGAUAAUCCUAGCAGUUGUCGUGCUGAGAAGAAAGUUUCGAAAGAAAACACAAAGUCCAGUGGUAGCGCUGACUGAAGUCACUAGUACAUGUAACAGUAAGUGUCUUUGCUGUUGUUUUACUUGGUUUUAUAUAAGCUAAUUUUACUUUUCAAACAUACUGCUUUACUCCUGUAGAUGUACAUGUUCAUUAUUUGAUACAGUAACUGUACUUGAUCAUUUCAGCUGAUAGUAGUGUUGUUGAGACUGAUGUGUAUGAUGGCUCCUCAGAUCUGCCUGCAGUCGAAGCUGUCAGGAGAAGAAAAUCCUCAGCUGGCUCUGGUGGACGAAAGGUUUCCGUCAGUCGACAGAUUUCCUCAAAUUCCAACAAUGGCUCGGACUUUAGUGGUGAAAGUAUGUUAUAGGUUGGCCAUCAUGGACCACCUUUUGUUGCUGGAAAUAUGUUUGUUCUUUAAUUUAAACCUUUCUACUUUCAUAGUAUAUAAUAUGGCUGAUUUUCUAGCCUACCAUCAGGGUCAUAACUUGGGCAGUAUUAUGGCUGGGAGGAGUGUAUAAGCUUGUUUUGCCCAACGAAAAGGGCGUGGCAGAAUAGUGGGGGGGGGAGAGAGAAAAAAAAUUUCGCACAUACAAUUUUUCACUAAAUUACCAAAAUUUGUACCAAUUUUCAGUAAUAUUUUCGUAAAUUUAUAAAAAUUUUUCCUACAAUUAUUACUUUUUUCAAAAAAUGAUGUAACAUUUUUUGCUGAAUUACAUAGUUUUUGCCUGACGAGCAUGUCCUUAAUAUUGCCCAACAAAACUGCAAUAUUACAACAUUGGGGGGGGGGGGUAUUUGAUAAUUAAUACCCUCCAGGAGUUAUGCCCCUGCCUCACAGCUAGGUUUGUCACUCGAAGGUUUUUGUAUAUUUUUGCCCCCCCCCCCCAAAUUUGUCAAAUGAAAAGGUAAAAAUUUAUACAGUACGUUUAGGAUUUCUUUUUGUCCGUCGAGGACCAGGGAGUGCACAAGCUCCUAAAUUGCCAGGAGAGAAUGAUGUUUUUGAAGAGAAACCUCCUGAACGAACACGGACUCUGUCUGGCUCAUCAGGUAAUUAUAGUAUAAGUAUUAACACUUGUAUUUUUUAAAAAUCUCUCCAUGCUGGAGGACCUGCACUUACAGUACAAUGACGUAAUUUAAUAAUGAUUGGCUUAGUUGCUGAUUGGCUGCGAGCUAACACACAUACAGACAAACUUCCCAUUCAAUAACAUUACAGUAUGUCUGCGCUAGCGCGAAUACAAAAUUGAUAAUAAUUCCUUAAUUAUUAGGAAAAAGAAAAAGCAUUUUUGGCCGCCAAAACUCAAACCCAGUAGCGGAACAAAAUGAAGAAAGUAUGAUCAAGAAUUUGUAAAUCCUUUGACUUUGUUUUCGCUUCGUGGACAUUUUCUAAUCCUUGCUGUCAUUCUUUUGUAUUUUGCCAUACAGAACCCUUUAAUAAGCGAAGUAGCACAUUCAGCAAUUUUUCAACCAUCUUUUCUGGGCAGAAGACAGGGACUAAAGGUAAGGCUGUUUUGUAUUGCGAUAUCUUUUUCAGUUAGCGCAGAUAAAAACCUCUAAAACUAUUCAAUUCAUACAAUGGUUACUUCAAGAUGAGUCAAUCAUUUAUUUGUUUGCAGACGAAACGACUUCCCUCCUAUCAUCCACAGACUAUAAUGAUAAUGAUAUUCCUCCUCAAGUAGUCGCACUGCCUGCUGAAACUAGUUCAUCUACAGGUAUGCAGGGGUUUUCCCCAGGAUUUUCUCUUGGGUCCGUUUUUACAGAGAAGAUUGCUAGUUUAGCUUAACAGCUGGGGUGGCUGUAACCCCCCUCCCCCCACACACACCGGGGGAUGACACAUGUACUCAAUACAUGUAGUUGAGACGCAAAGUGUUAAAACAGGGGCGAAUGCGUAGUUUUUCUUGUGGUGUGAGAUGAAUUCCAGCCAUUUUUUCUCAAUUGUCGGGUUUCCAAAUGAAAUCCGCUAAUUUCCACACGUCACGAAUUUAACUUCAACAUCUUCAUUUCUACUGUACUGAAACUUUAGUGAGAAGAUUGAGUUUCAAAACUCAAUUCAAGAUCGAGUUUUUGGGGGCGUUUUACGGCCCUAAAAACUCCCUGGUAUGAUGGUCUAUGGAGCUUCCCAAACUAGUUCAUAUUUCACAAAUGGACGGGCAGCCAGUUCGUGCUUGGCUAGUCAGUCAGUCAGUCAGUCAGUCCGUGCUUGGCCAGUCAGUCAGUCAGUCAUUAAUUUUCAUAUAUUUUCCAGGCAUAGCGCCACACAGACUAUCUGGUUUAAAAAUCGGAGAUUUAAAUGCAGAGACUCAUCGACAACUUUGUAGAAAACUAAACAUCGACGUUUCUGAUAAAGAUUGGAGAACUCUGGCAGGGCACAUGAAGUACACUACCCAACAAGUCAAAGAAUUCGCUCGGGAUGCAAAUCCUGCAGACAAAUUGUUGGACUGCUGGAGCACAGGCGAGGGACAUGAUGUUGCUUCCUUGAUAGAACUCGUGAAAGGGAUGAACAGGGAUGAUCUGGUUGAGUUACUGGAAUCUGACCCCAACCCAACGAAAUUUUAUCUUUGACAAAUGGAAGGUUUUGAAUGUUUUUUAAGGUACUGUUAUCUUGACAAUGAAAAGUCUAAUAUAUUUUUCGACUUAACAUGGACACACCAUGUAUAAUAUGGGUAUGUAUAUAACUAGAUUUUGGACAUCUUUGUUCGAUAGAUGGGUUUAUUGUUGAGGUCUAAAAAUGUAGAUUUUCGGACGAGAAUUCUAUUUACAAUCAACCCAUGUACUGAUUAGUUUUAUCGAAUGAAAAUGCCCAGUUUGUCGGUGUGGAUGCACACUUAGAGUAACACUACAAACAUCAAGCUUGGUGUAAGUUACAACAUUUUAUUAUUUUAAUAUUACGAAGACUUGCUUUUAUUUAAGCAAAUGAAGCUAACAUAUAUGACGGUCAUCAAGAUUUAAGUGUUAAUUAAUUAAUUAAUUAAGUAGUUAGUUAAGCACUAAUUAGGUAGCACAACAAGCACAUGUAACAUUUUAUCAUUUUAUACUACGCUGAUUCUGGUGUACAGUAUCAUCAGAGUCGAUUACUAGCAUGAAUUUUUUUUAAAAAAAAAGUAAUCGUUCGCAUUUAACAAUCCAAUGUAACUGUGCUGUAACGUGGUUUGUUGACUGACUUCGAAUGUAUUUAUAAAAAUUCUCAGAAAAUAACUCUUUUAUCGGUAGAAAACCAAUAACAUUCUUUCCUGCUG